UUGGAGCUUAGCUGUGCCUGAGCUCUGCGCUGCGACUGACAAACCGGCCCCAGCCCGGGACGUCUCACUUUCAUUUAGCACUGCACUCCAUGGAGGGGCGGACACGCCAGUGCUUCAUGCAGUCUAACUAGUGUGUCGGAAAACGGCUCAAUUCACCGCUGCCGAGAUGAAGUAUAAGAAUCUUAUGGCAAGAGCCUUAUAUGACAAUGUCCCAGAGUGUGCUGAGGAACUGGCCUUCCGCAAGGGAGACAUCCUGACUGUCAUAGAGCAGAACACAGGAGGACUGGAAGGAUGGUGGCUCUGCUCCUUACACGGCCGACAAGGGAUUGUCCCAGGCAACCGGGUGAAGCUUCUCAUUGGCCCAGUACAAGAGACCUCCUCCAGUCAGGACCAGCCUACGUCUGGACUGAUGCACCAGACCUUUGGCCAACAGAAGCUCUAUCAAGUGCCAAACCCACAAGGUGCUCCUCGAGACAUCAUCUACCAAGUACCACCUUCCUACCAAAAUCAGGGAAUUUAUCAAGUACCCACUGGCCAUGGUACCCAGGAACAAGAUGUGUAUCAAGUACCACCAUCAGUGCAAAGAGGCAUUGGAGGGGCUAAUGGUCCCCAUUUUAGUAAAAAGGUGGUAACCCCCGUGCGGACAGGCCAUGGCUAUGUGUACGAGUACCCAUCUAGAUACCAAAAGGACAUCUACGAUAUCCCUCCUUCCCAUUCCACUCAAGGGGUAUAUGAUAUCCCUCCGUCAUCGGUGAAAGGCCCGGUGUUUUCAGUUCCAGGGGGAGAGAUGAAACCUCAAGGGGUCUAUGACAUCCCUCCUACUAAAGGGGUAUAUGCCAUUCCACCCUCUGCUUGCCGAGAUGAAGCAGGGCUCAGGGAAAAAGAGUAUGAUUUCCCCCCUCCAAUGAGACAAGCUGGAAGGCCAGAUGUCAGACCUGAGGGCGUGUAUGACAUCCCCCCGACCAGUACCAAACUGGUGGGAAAUGACCUUCACAUGAAAUAUAACUGUGAUGCUACGGGAGCUGCUGAACUGGUAGCACAAAGACACCCAAGCAUUUCCCUGAAACACCCACCCUCACUGCUGGGACUGUCAGGGGGCACUCAGAAUGAUGCGUAUGAUGUCCCUCGAGGGGUACAGUUUCUGGAACCACCAGCAGAAACCAGUGAGAAAGCAAACCCUGAAGAAAGAGACGGUGUUUACGAUGUCCCUCUGCACAACCCAGCGGACGCCAAAAGCACUCAGGAUGUGGUAGAUGGCAUCAACCGAUUAUCUUUCUCCAGUACAGGCAGCACCAGGAGUAAUAUGUCCACAUCUUCCACCACCUCAAAGGAAUCUUCACUCUCAGCCUCCCCAUCUCAGGACAAAAGGCUCUUUCUGGACCCAGACACAGCCAUUGAGAGACUCCAUCGGCUCCAGCAGACCCUGGAGAUGGGCGUCUCCAGCCUAAUGGCACUGGUCACGACCACGGACUGGAGGUGCUAUGGAUACAUGGAACGACACAUCAAUGAGAUACGCACCGCAGUGGACAAGGUGGAGUUGUUCUUGAGGGACUACCUGCAUUUUGCCAAGGGCGCUGUAGCAAAUGCUUCCUGCCUCCCGGAACUCAUUCUCUACAACAAAAUGAAGCGGGAGCUGCAGAGAGUGGAAGACUCCCACCAGAUUCUGAGCCAAACCAGCCAUGACUUAAAUGAGUGCAGCUGGUCCCUGAAUAUCCUGGCGGUCAACAAGCCCCAAAACAAGUGUGAUGAUCUGGACCGCUUUGUGAUGGUGGCAAAAUCGGUGCCUGAUGAUGCCAAGCAGCUCACCACAACAAUCAACACCAAUGCAGAAGCCCUCUUUAGGCCAGGCCCCGGCAGCUCCCAUGUGAAGAAUGGGCCCGAGAGCAUCAUGAACUCCACUGAGUACCCCCAUGCUGGAUCCCAGAUGCAGCUGCUGCAUCCUGGAGACCACAAAACCCAGCCCCUCAACAAGGCGGUGCCCCUACACCUGAGCAAGGAUCAGCCCGUAGCUGACUGUAGCAGCAGUGAUGGCUCUGAAAGGAGUUGGAUGGAUGAUUAUGACUAUGUCCACCUACAGGUAAAGCAACCAGACUCCAAUCUGCUUUUGUCUUCCUUGCAGCUAAGUCAGUUCCAGUUGUUGGAACAAGAAAUUACAAAGCCUGUGGAAAACGACAUGUCAAAGUGGAAGCCCUCUCAGAGCCUCCCCACCGUAAACAGCAGCGUGGGCACUCAGGAUCGGCAGUUGCUUUGCUUCUACUAUGACCAGUGUGAGACCCAUUACAUUUCCCUUCUCAAUGCCAUUGACGCUCUCUUCAGCUGCGUCAGCUCCGCCCAGCCCCCGCGGAUCUUCGUGGCACACAGCAAGUUUGUCAUUCUGAGCGCGCACAAACUGGUGUUCAUUGGCGACACGCUGACAAGGCAGGUUGCUGCCCAGGACAUUCGCAACAAAGUGAUGAACUCCAGCAACCAGCUCUGCGAACAGCUCAAGACUAUAGUUUUGGCGACUAAGAAGGCCGCCCUCCACUACCCCAGCACUACGGCCUUGCAGGAAAUGGUGCACCAAGUGACAGACUUGUCCAGAAACACGCUGCAGUUCAAGCGCUCUUUGCUGGAGAUGGCAACGUUCUGAGAAGAAAAGGAGGACAGGGGGACUGAGUGGGUUACUAAGGAAAACUGGAAAUACUAUCUGGUUUUUGUAAAUGAUAUCUAUUUUUGUAUAUAUUUUAUAUGGAAAUGAAAUAUUUUAACAUUUUAUGGGUUAGACAACAUUCAGAACUUCAGGGAGCUAGAGAGGGAACUUUGUGUGUGUGUGUGUGUGUGUGGUUCUUGUGUACACAUGUAAGCAUCCCGAACAUAAACUGUACAGAAACUUG